GGAUUGUUCGUGAAAAGCACUUGAGAGCCUGGGAGAGGAAGGGAUGGAUAGUAACAUCCACCUGAGUAGUUUGAUAAGCCGGCAUGAUGAUGAAGCCACGAGAACAUCUACCUCAGAAGGGCUGGAGGAGGGAGAGGUGGAGGGGGAGACUCUCCUGAUCGUUGAAUCGGAGGACCAGGCAUCAGUGGACUUAUCUCAUGAUCAGAGUGGGGAUUCCCUCAACAGUGACGAAGGAGAUGUGUCCUGGAUGGAGGAGCAGCUGUCCUACUUCUGUGACAAGUGCCAAAAAUGGAUACCGGCCAGUCAGCUGAGGGAACAGCUCAGUUACCUUAAGGGUGAUAAUUUUUUUAGAUUCACUUGUUCCGAUUGCUCAGAAGAUGGCAAGGAGCAGUAUGAAAGGCUGAAACUGACAUGGCAGCAAGUCGUCAUGCUGGCAAUGUAUAACUUGUCUCUGGAAGGAAGUGGACGGCAAGGUUAUUUCCGAUGGAAAGAAGAUAUCUGUGCUUUUAUUGAGAAACAUUGGACCUUUUUACUGGGGAAUAGGAAGAAGACUUCGACCUGGUGGAGCACAGUAGCGGGUUGCCUCAGUGUGGGAAGCCCCAUGUUCUUCCGUUCAGGGGCUCAAGAGUUCGGAGAACCAGGAUGGUGGAAGCUCGUUCACAACAAGCCACCAACAAUGAAGCCUGAAGGAGAGAAGCUGUCUGCCUCUACCCUGAAAGUAAAAGAUACUUCUCUUUUGGCAGCCUCAAAACCAGCUUUAGAUCCCGUCAUUACUGUGGAGGGCCUUCGAAAACGGGCAAGUCGUAAUCCCGUGGAAUCUGCCAUGGAAUUAAAAGAGAAAAGGUCUCGUACUCAGGAAGCAAAGGACAUUAGGAGAGCCCAGAAGGAAGCAGCUGGCUUUCUGGACAGGAGUACUUCUUCGACCCCUGUGAAGUUUAUAAGCCGCGGCCGCAGGCCAGACGUGGUUCUAGAAAAAGGGGAAGUGAUUGACUUCUCAUCCUUGAGCUCCUCUGACCGCACCCCUCUGACAAGCCCGUCUCCUUCUCCGUCUCUGGAUUUCUCUGCCCCUGGGACCCCCGCCUCUCACUCGGCCACACCCAGCUUGCUUUCAGAGGCAGAUCUGAUUCCAGAUGUGAUGCCACCACAAGCCUUGUUUCACGACGAUGACGAGAUGGAAGGCGAUGGGGUCAUAGACCCAGGGAUGGAGUAUGUACCUCCGCCUGCUGGGGCAGCAGCUUCUGGGGCAGUGGUCGGGGGCAGAAAGAAGGUCAGAGCGCCUGAACAGAUAAAGCAGGAGGUGGAGAGCGAGGAGGAAAAGCCUGACAGGAUGGACAUUGACAGCGAAGACACAGAUUCCAACACAUCUUUGCAAACGAGGACUCGAGAGAAGAGGAAACCCCAGCUGGAGAAGGACAGGAAACCUAAAGGGCCCAAGUACACCCCCGUGAGCAUCUACGAGGAGAAGCUGCUCCUGAAGAGGCUGGAAGCUUGUCCCAGUGCCGUUGCCAUGACGCCAGAAGCUCGCAGACUGAAGCGGAAAUUGAUUGUCAGACAAGCGAAAAGGGAUAGGGGAUUACCACUUUUUGACUUGGAUCAAGUUGUUAAUGCUGCUCUUCUGUUAGUUGAUGGAAUUUAUGGAGCCAAAGAAGGGGGAGUUUCCAGGCUUCCAGCUGGACAAGCCACAUACAGAACAACCUGUCAGGACUUCAGAAUCCUUGACCGAUACCAGACUGCCUUGCCAUCCAGGAAAGGGUUUCGGCACCAGACCACUAAGUUUCUGUAUCGUUUGGUGGGAUCAGAAAAUAUGGCUGUGGACCAGAGUAUCGUCAGUCCUUACACCUCUCGGAUCUUGAAACCUUACAUCAGGCGUGAUUAUGAAACAAAGCCACCCAAACUACAGCUCCUGUCACAGAUUCGCUCCCACCUGCAUAGGAGUGACCCUCAUUGGACCCCGGAAGCUGACGCACCUCUUGAUUACUGCUAUGUCCGGCCAAAUCACAUCCCAACAAUAAACUCUAUGUGUCAGGAGUUUUUCUGGCCUGGCAUUGACCUGUCUGAGUGCCUGCAGUAUCCAGACUUCAGUGUGGUUGUCCUUUAUAAAAAAGUUAUCAUUGCCUUUGGCUUCAUGGUUCCUGACGUGAAGUACAAUGAAGCUUACAUUUCAUUUCUGUUUGUCCAUCCUGAGUGGAGAAGAGCAGGGAUCGCAACUUUCAUGAUUUAUCAUCUGAUUCAGACCUGCAUGGGCAAGGAUGUGACCCUUCACGUCUCGGCAAGCAACCCUGCUAUGCUGCUCUACCAGAAGUUUGGAUUCAAGACUGAAGAGUACGUCUUAGAUUUCUAUGAUAAAUAUUACCCGUUGGAGAGUACGGAGUGUAAACACGCGUUCUUCCUGAGGCUCCGGCGCUGA